AUGGCCUUGGACGACGAACAAAUUGUAUUGAUUCGUCUUCCCAAUGAUGGAAGCGUAUUCAGUACACACAGAAAUGGUACUGAUCAUCUUCGAGUCGUUGAAGCAGAACCUGCUGAGGAAGCUCAUGUGUACGACAUUCAUCCAGAUGGAAUCUUCAAUGUUCCUGUUCAGCUCAUACCAGCUUUGAUGCAGACGCAACAAAUCCAGGACACAUAUGUAGGAAGUUGCAAGUAUGUGAUUGGCUCUCACUGUGGUCGGUUAUUUGAUCAAUGCUUUCAACAAGUCAUCAAAGAACCAACUGCUUAUUCUGCCAAUGGUCCGCAAGAGAUAGAUGCCCCAAAGCUUUAG